AUGUUUAGAGCAACCGAAAUACAUCUGUAUAAAUUAUAUGUUGAAAGAGAAUAAGCUUUUCAUCUUCUCACUAAAGUUGGGCAAAUGAAAAAUGUUAAUUUAGUCAAUUGUUCAAGCAGUGCAUUUCAUGAACAUGAUUAUUACAAAUAAUUAAAACGAUGUGAUGAUAUUUAUAACAAAAUUGGAGAAAUCAAACAUCUUUUACAUUUAUAUAACAAAUAAAUACAUUAUUGUCCUAACUAUGAAGUAUUCAUAUAAAACAUCAAAAUUACUGACGAUUAGGCCAUCAAAAUUGAAUAAGAAUUAACACACAAAGUUCAAUUUAUAUUAAAUUAAUAAGCAAAUUUACAAUAGAUAAUAGAAUAAAGUAACAGAUUAAAUGAAGAGAUGUAUAAAUAUAAUUAAAUUUAAGUGCAGUAUUAUAAAAUUGCAAAGACUUCAUAUACAAAUUUUCUGGAAUUUAAUUAGGAUAUAUUGUAGGGUGUAUGAAUACAACAGAUUCACAUAAAUUUAAUCGUAUUGUAUUUAGAAUUUCAAAGGAAAAUGGAAUAGUGAAAUUUAAGAAUUUAAAUAAUUAGAGAUGUUUAGUUACGUUGGUAUUUGCCAUAGGUAAACAUGAGAAUUUAAAAAAUAAAUUACUCAAAAUAUGUGAAGUAUUUUAUAAUUUUAUUAUAUUAGGCAUUUUCUGUAUCAAUCUAUCAAUUACCAGAAGAAAGUAAAGUAGAUAAUAAAAUCUUGGAAUUAGAAAAUGAGAUAGCUAAUUUGGAUAUUAUAAUUUCAACAACAAAAUAAGAAAUUGAUUAAUAAUUAGAUUACUUUUCUGAUAUAUAAGUGGAAAAACUAUUAAAUUUAGAUGAAAUCUAUGAUUAUGGGUAUUGUUCUUAUAUUUGUGAAUUAAAGAUUAUUGUAGAUAUAAUAAGUGCUACUUAUUAUCAUCUUACUUUUUUUGAUGCUAAAUCUCAAUUUCUUAUAGGUCAUAUAUGGUGUGAAUAAAGAGAUAUUGAAUAAAUUAAAUAAUUUGGAGUUCAAAUUGAAAUUAUGUAAGAUAUUAAUGAAAAUCUUUAUGAACCACCAAGUCUUAUGAAAACAAAUUAAUUUACUUAUAUAUUCUAAGAAUUAGUAAACACUUAUGGGAUUCCAAGAUAUGAUGAAAUAAAUCCUGGACUUUUCACAAUAAUUACAUUUCCAUUUUUAUUUGGUAUGAUGUUUGGGGAUAUUGGACAUGGAGUAAAAUAUUGUCUAUAUAAAGAUAGUUUUAACACUUUUUGGUUUCUAUUUAUUAAUUUUUGGUUAGAGUGUUAUUAAAAGAAUCAAAUUACAAAAUAGUAGUGAAUAUCUUGCAUAUGCAGACAUUUAGAGUAUAUAUCAAUGUAGGUAUCUCAUAACAUUAAUGGGUCUUUUUGCUACUUAUUGUGGUUUUAUUUAUAAUGAUUUCUUUUCGUUAUCAUUAGAAUAUAAAUUAGAAAAGUUUUAAUUAGGUUUUGAUGGUAAAUGGAGUAUGUCAGAAUCCCAUCUUACAGUAAUGAAUUCCUUUAAAAUGAAAACUGCAAUAAUCGUUGGAGUAACUUAAAUGGUAUUUGGAAUACUUCUGAAAGGUUGGAAUUGUUUAUAUUAAAGAAAAUAUAUUGAUUUCUUUUUUAAUUUUAUACCUGAAUUGGCUUUUAUGUUAUCUACAUUUGGUUAUAUGUCAUUUUUAAUAAUCCUUAAAUGGCUAACUAACUAUAGUAAUACUCAAGAAUCACCAUCAAUUAUUACUACUUUACUAAAUAUGGUUUUUACAUUAGGAGGUAUCAAAGGAACAGAAAUGUAUCCUCAUUAAGUUUUCUUUUAAACUAUAUUAAUAAAAGUAGCUAUAUAUUCUCCAAUAAUUAUGUUACUUAAACCUGAAGUUAUUAGAAUGAAGAGGAGAUUGUUUAAUCUAAGAAAUUAAUAAAUUGUUUAUAACGAAUUAGUAGAAUAAGAACAUGCCUAAGUAGAAUUAGUGAAGGAAGACAAAAACCAACUUUUUGGCAAAUUAGUAGAAUCUAGAUCUAUUAAAGAAGAAAAACAUUUUGAUUUUUCUGAGAUUUAUAUUGAAAGUUUAAUUGAAUGCAUAGAAUUUGUUUUGGGAGCUGUGUCUAAUACAGCUUCAUAUUUGAGAUUGUGGGCACUUAGUUUGGCACAUUCUUAAUUAUCUGAAGUAUUCUAUUUUGUUUUAUUUUUAUAGGUAUUCUUUAAGAUGUCCUUAGAACCUUAAUUAUAAAGUGGAUCAAUUAUUGGAAUUUGUUUAACUUUUAUGAUUUAUGCUUUUGCAACUUUUGGUGUUCUUAUGUGUAUGGAUACCCUAGAAUGCUUUUUACAUUCAUUAAGAUUACAUUGGGUUGAAUUUUAGAGCAAAUUUUAUAAAGGAGAUGGCCAUAUUUUUUAAAAUUUUAAUUAUCUUCAAUUUUUAGAUUAGAAAUUUUAAUUUAGUACAAGAAUGUGA